AUGAGCUUCAUCCAUGUAAAUCCCUGUAUUAGUAAGAUAUAUUUGAUACCCUUGAAAUAUUAUAAAGGGAUAACAUCACAAAAAGGGGAAAGAAAGUUUAGGAUUAGACUAUGCGGAGAAGUUGUCAUUCCUAGUAUGAUGCGUCCAAUGGCCAAUACUGAUUAUCAGAUAAUAUUACUGGAUAAUAGAAAACGGACAAUAUCUAAUAUAGCUAUAGAAACAGAAAAAUGGCAGAAGUAUUUCGAAGAAAUAGAUCAAGCAACGGAUAGAGAAGAAGGAAAAGAAGCAAUAACGAACACAGAACAGGAUGAGAAAGAAGAAGAAUUGGCAUAUACAGAAGUGAAAGAGAAAAUGUACAAACUUAAAAGCAGGAAAACAGCGGGAAAAGGCGGAAUAUGUGCAGAACCUAUAAAAUACGGUGGAGAGAAAAUGACUUUAAAUGGAGACAACAUCACUAUCGAAGAUCUAGAACGUUUAUCUGCUGAUCAACUGUAUGAGUUUAUCGAUGGCAUUACAGAUGAUAUGGUUGACAUAUCUGACAUUGAGGGGAAUAGCGAUGUCGAAGACAAUGUGUUAGUCUCUACACCUAGCGGUUCUAGUACACCCCGUUCAUCUAAUGUUUUAAUAGCUGAUCCAUCUAGUUCUUCGACACCUGGCCCAUCCCGUCCUUCCAGGCAGAGGGUAAGAAAUAAAAGUUUAUUAAAUUUUGAGAAAUCGGGAUCAGAUAUGGACUAA